GGAACGGCGAGCGGCGAUGAUUUUUGGUACAAACUUUCCGACAUAUUUAAAGGAAACGCAUGGAGAGAGCGAAGAUAAGUUAGAGAACUUUCGCGCAGCUUGACAGAGAAGGCAUUCCGACAAAUGAAUGUAAGUAGGCAACAAGUUCGCAACAAGCCUACUGCGCCCGCACGGCACACUGUCUGAGCUUACGAGCAACAAACGAUCAUUUCCUGAGAAACAGCAACAAGAUAGCAUUGCUGCCACGAUUGAACAUCCGAAAACAUGUGUGCAAUCAAGGCCAUCACAGUCUUCGCUGUCCUGUUCUUCAGCGGAAUAUUAUGGAUGCUCCCGACAGCAAGCCAUGGGAGAGAUUUUCGCUUGGCAGCAACACCGCGCAAGAAGAUUUUAUCGCGCUACCUCGAAGACGUUGAAAGAAUUCAAUCGGGUGAUAAAAGCUCAAGAAGACAGGCGCGUCAUCUUAACUUCAAAAAUCACACGCCUUCUGGAAAGAUGAAAGCUCAGCUGUAUUGCAGAACGGGAUUUCUUCUGGAAAUUCUCGAUAACGGACGGAUCGCCGGCACGAAAAACGUCACAUCCAAAUAUACAAUUGUCGAGAUUCAAGUCUUUGGUGGUGUUCAAAGACGCUUAAAAGGAGUCCAAACAGGGAGGUAUCUGUCGCUUAACAGCAGAGGCCGUUUACUGUCGAUACGAAAUUUCAGCUUCAACGACAACACGUUUUUUAAUGAAAAUCACGAAGAAAAUGGUUGGAUUACCUACAGCUCAACGCAUCAUUCCCGGGGUUGUGGUUCGAAGAAAGACUCGAGCAAGAAUAACGAAUGGUUUAUCGCAAUAAAAAGAAACGGAUCCUUGAAAAGACCAUGCAAGACUGUGUCUGGAAUGCCCUCAACACAGUUCAUCCCCCUGGGGAGAAAACGUGAUGCCACGUGGCUUGAUAACGUAAAGGACAGCAACAAAUAAUUUCAACUACAACUGCCUAGUGUAUAGUUUUGGGAGGGAAAGGGCAUUGAAAAGAUCCGUGGCAUUUAAAUGUUUCACAUUGUGACAAACACGAGGAAGUUGUACUUCAAGAUUGAGAUAAAGUCUGUACUCACCUAGUUUAGCAUAAGGCCAAUUUUUUACAAUAUUGUGAAUUCACCAACGCAGAAUGAUAAAGUCGAUGUGUUCCUAAUUGCCUUGACGUCUUUUAAUAAUACAUUUCUACUGCACGA